CAGCCAGUGAUAAAGAUGGUGUCAAGUACAAGGAUGAAGUUGAAGCAGAUACGGCAUCGGGGUCCGGAGCUGCAGAAGACAAAAGCGAAAAAAAGCUAAGACUUCUGAAACAGACAACAUCAAACCAAUCCAAAAUCAGUGAUAAAGAUGGUGUCAAGUACAAGGAUGAAGUUGGAGCAGAUACGGCAUCGGGGGCCGGAGCUUCAGAAGACAAAAGCGAAAAAAAGCUAAGACUUCUGGAACAGACAACAUCAAACCAAUCCACAACCAGUGAUAAAGAUGGUGUCAAGGGCAAGGAUGAAGUUGGAGCAGAUGCAGCAUCUGGGACUGGAGCUGCAGAAGACAAAAGUGAAAAAAAGCCAAGUCUUCUGGAACAGACAACAUCAUACCAAUCCACAGCUGAAUGGCUGACAGAAUGUAUGAAGAAAUCUAUGAACAUCAGUGAUGAACCGAAGCCAGAGAGUGUCCUAGAUGAAGUCAGUUUUGAAGGCAUUGCUAGAUAUAUUAAAAGUGACAAGUGCAAAAAUAUUGUUACCAUGGCUGGUGCAGGAAUAUCAACAUCUGCUGGAAUUCCUGACUUUAGAUCACCAGGUAGUGGAUUGUAUAACAACCUGCAGAAAUAUAAUCUACCACAUCCUCAGGCCAUCUUUGAUAUAGGUUUUUUCCAUGAAAAUCCAGAACCAUUUUUUACAUUGUGCAAGGACCUGUUUCCAGAAUCAUACAAGCCAACACCUUGUCAUUACUUUAUCAAGCUUCUAGAGAAGAAGAAAAAGCUAAUGAGACAUUUUACACAGAAUAUUGAUACACUAGAGCGAGUAGCUGGACUAAGUAAUGAUAAGAAUGUAGAGGCACAUGGUUCCUUUAACACCGGACAUUGUCUCGAGUGUGGCGAUGAAUAUUCAUUAGAAUGGAUGAAAGAACAGAUAUUUAGUAAAUCGACAGAGACAGUUGUGCCAAAGUGUAUAAAAGAGGACUGUGAUGGUGUUGUUAAACCAGACAUUGUAUUUUUUGGAGAGAGUUUACCACAGAAGUUUGCACAAAAUGUUUCAGAUUUAGGCAGUUGUGAUUGUCUGAUAGUUAUGGGAACUUCAUUGGUUGUACAACCAUUUGCCUCACUUACAUCAAGAACAAAAGAAACAACACCACGUUUGUACAUAAAUCUUGAAAAUACCUCUGCAGGGUCAAGUGAUUUGAUGUCAAUGAUGUUUUUUGGAGGCGGUGGUUUUGAUUUUGACAAGGAGGACAAUAUAAGGGAUGUGUUCUGGCAAGGUACAUGUGAUGAUGGGUGCUACGCUUUAGCUGAUCUACUAGGAUGGGGUGAAGAGCUAAGACAAAUGGUUAAAGAAGAACAUGAAAGACUGGAUAAAGAGAAAUCAGCCUCAUCCAAAAAGAAAACUCCAAAAUCUGGGCAAGAUAAAAAUGAUAAAUCGUCAAAUAAAUCACCUGAUAAAUCACCUGAUAAAUACGCAAAUAAAUCACCAAAAAUGUGAUUGAUAAUGACUUAUAUUUUUAUCAAUAUGUUAAGUUUAUGUUUGCUGAAAAAAAAGUA